AUGGGUUUCGCUCUCAAGAAGCCCGACGACGUCGCCGGCGCCGCAUGGCCCGCCAUUCUCAUUGGCCUGUUCGUGGCCUUCGGUGGUGUCCUCUACGGCUAUGACACCGGUACCAUCUCUGGUAUCCUGGCCAUGGACUACUUCAAGGAAGAGUUCUCGACCGUCUCGCCCCCGGCCAUCACUGCCUCGCAAGAGUCUCUGAUCGUCUCCAUCCUGUCCGCCGGUACCUUCUUCGGCGCUCUCACUGCUUCUCCCGUCUCCGACAUCCUCGGUCGUCGCUAUGGUAUCAUGUUCUCCGCCAUGGUCGUCUUCAACCUGGGAGUCAUUCUCCAGACUGCCGCCACUGCGCAGCCCAUGUUCAUUGCCGGCCGUUUCUUCGCCGGUUUCGGUGUCGGUCUCAUCUCUGCCAUGAUUCCCAUGUACCAGUCCGAGACCUCCCCCAAGUGGAUUCGUGGUACCGUUGUCGGUGCUUACCAGCUCGCCAUCACCAUUGGCCUCUUCCUUGCUGCCAUCGUCAACAACAGUACCAAGCACCGCAUGGACACUGGCUCAUACCGCAUCCCGAUCGCCAUCCAGUUCGCCUGGGCUCUGAUCCUCUUCAUUGGUCUCAUCUUCCUCCCCGAAACCCCUCGCUUCCUCGUCAAGCAGGACAAGCACGAGCAAGCCACCGCCUCGCUUGCCCAGCUGCGCCGCCUUCCUCAGGACCACCCGGCCGUUGUCGAGGAGCUUGCUGAGAUCGUCGCCAACCACCACUACGAAAUGAGCGUCGGCACUGCCAGCUACCUCGAGUGCUUCAAGGGCACUCUUGGCAAGCGUCUCAUGACCGGUUGCUUCCUCCAGGCUCUGCAGCAGCUUACCGGUGUCAACUUCAUCUUCUACUACGGUACCCAGUACUUCCAGAACGCCGGUUUCCAGAACCCCUUCGUCAUCUCCGUCAUCACCAACUCGGUCAACGUCGUCUCCACCUUCCCCGGUCUCUACCUCGUCGAGAAGAUGGGUCGCCGCAACCUGCUGCUCAUGGGCGCCAUCGGCAUGUGCGUCUGCCAAUACAUUGUUGCCAUUACCGGUACUGUGGCCGGCACCUCGGACUUGGCUGCGCAGCGUGCUGCCAUCGCCUUCGUCUGCAUCUACAUCUUCUUCUUCGCCUCGUCCUGGGGUCCCGUCGCAUGGGUCGUCACCGGCGAGCUGUUCCCGCUCAAGGUCCGCGCCAAGUGCUUGUCCAUGACCACGGCGUCCAACUGGCUCCUCAACUGGGCCAUCGCGUACGCGACCCCGUACAUGGUCGACGAGGAGCACGCCAACCUCCAGAGCAAGGUCUUCUUCGUCUGGGGCAGCUUCUGCUUCGUCUGCAUCGCCUUCGUGUGGUUCCUCAUCUACGAGACCAAGGGCCUGUCGCUCGAGCAGGUCGACGAGCUGUACCAGACUGUCAACAAGGCGUGGCAGAGCCAGGGCUUCCGCCCGCAGAUCUCGUUCCAGGACGUCGACGACGUCGCCGACGGCCGCAAGAUGUCGCUGCACGCCGCGGCGGACCUGGCCGCCAGCAAGAAGACCGUCAACAUGGCGGAGAAGGCAUAG